AUGAAGUUCCUGGAAAUUGAUUCUUUGGAACAACUAAACAGUGUUUUUCGGUGGGAAACGCCUGAAUGCAUACUGAAUGGCAGAGUGGAAGCCUAUUCUUGCAAAUCGGCGGGUUCCGACAAGAAACUAUUCAAGCAACUCGAAAGCCGGUAUACGACAAUUACAGCGGGUGGGACGACUAGCAACGAGUUGACACCAGGAUCAAUAUCACCAGAUACCAAUGAUUUGUCCAUCAUUUCACCAUUCGGUCGAUUGGACGAAGCAGCACCACGAAAAACAUUCUUUUAUCUCCUGGCGACGUUGAAUGCGUCAUUUCCUGAACAUGACUUUGGCGACGUGCGGCCUGACCAGUUUAGCAAGCAGCCGUCGCUUGACCUCGUUAUCAACUCAGUCAACACAACCUUGUUUAACCUCGGAAAUGAUUUCAUUGUCAAUCGAUAUCGAAUGUGGGAUAUAUUGGAUGAUCUAGUGCGAUUACAUGAAUGCGACGUGUACAGUUAUAAUCCGGAUAUCGACGAGGAUCCUAUGAAUGAGGACGGUUAUUUAUGGUCGAUGAAUUAUUUCUUCUUUAAUCGCAAGCUGAAGCGGAUGAUCUUUUUCUCGGUCAAGAGCCAAAGCAUUGCAAAUAUGUCUGCGGACGAAGACGAUGAGGUACAAGACGAUGAAGACGACGAUGAUAUGGAGGACAAUGCUCGACGACGGCGACACGACUACAUGGUCAUGGGUGACAUGGAAGUGUAG